CCAAGCGGUUGCAGACCGGCUGUUCUCUUUCUGUAUUUCAUUUCGGGCGCGACGCUUGUUUGGUGCUGAAUGGAUUUCACGUUGCGCGGCGUCACUUAAUAAGAUCUGAGAUUUCGAAAUAUAUUUCGUAUAUAAACCACAUACUAAAGAAUCGAGAUCGUUUGCUAGGGGACUCUAAAAUGCCUUCCACCUGCUCAUUUGAGCUCGAUCGCCGCGAACCCAUUUACUAUAGUGGAGAGACGGUCAAUGGAAGGGCCAUUCUGACAACGACAUCCGAAAAGUCUGUACACGAGGUAUACAUUCUGUUCGAGGGCGAGGCAAAGGUGCGAUGGGAUGAGUGGCGAACCAGGACGAGAGCUGGAAGGACCGAGCUCUACACGGAGUAUUUCCGAGGCAAGCAGCAGUACCUGUACACCCGGACCUCCGUCUUUGCAUCCGGGAGUCUUCCACCGGGCACGCACACCUACAACUUCUGCAUUCCGCUGCCUCUGGAAUGCCCCUCCUCAGUGGUGGCGCAGUACGGAAAAAUCUACUACGAGGUCUCCGUGGUCAUCGAUCGCCAGUGGCGCUUCAACAACGUCUUCAAGCAGCCACUGACGGUAAUACAGACCUACAACCUCAACAUGAGCCCUCAAUUGCUGAUUCCCCUAGUUCGAGAGGACAUCAAGCACUUCUGCUGUUGGCCCUGCAGCUCAGGACCGGUGCUCUCGACGCUAACGAUACCCUUCGGUGGCUACGCACCUGGACAGAAGAUACGCUUUACUCUGGAGAUCGACAACCAGUCGAGCGGCUAUGACCUGGACGGCAUCGAAGUGAAGCUAAAGCAGAUCCACAGAUUCCAGGCUCAGACGCCCCACUACAAAACCCGCGAGAAGGAGCACACCCUGCAUAAAAGUGGUCAGCAGGAGCGUGUGUUGCGGCUCUCAAAGAGAAAAAUCGAAGGAACUCUGGCUAUUCCGGCGGUACCGCCCUCCACCCGCUCCGAUGGCAUUAUUUCGAUUAGUUACAAAGUGAUCCUCACAAUCAGCACGGGCGACUGCCACGUGGACUCGGACUUCGAGGUGCCGAUUGUAAUUGGCACUAUACCAUUGAUCCAAAGUGCCGAGAAUCCAGCCAGUGCAGCACAGUGGAUACCGGAAACACCGGACACUCCGGCCGGAGCUGCCGCAGAUCUGCCUCCCAGUUAUGACAAGUGCCAACCACCAACCUUCGAGGAGGCCACAAACUUUGGGGAACGGUUCAUCGACAUCGAUCAGGACGAGCACAAUCGCACGGAUGACUUUAUUCCGCGUUACCCCAUGUACACCAACUUUGCCAUGCCAUCGGCUCCGCCUCCAGCCGCUGGAGAAUGGGAUUCCACUCAACCCGUUCCCGUUCUGUCAUUACCCCAUGACCCCACUGCCCCCAUGAGCGGUCAAAACAAUACUGACCACCCAACUCCAUCCUACGGUUGGAACUCCCAAUCCUGAAAAGAGCCAAAGCAAAAUCUCAUUAAAUGAUUUUAAAUUGCUUUACCUAUCGCUAUUACUGAUAUCUAAAUAGAUCUAUAAAUAUCUAAUAGAAUAUAAUAGAAUAUCUAAAGAGAUAUUCUAAAUAUCUAAUAGAAUAUCAAUAGAUUCGAUAUUACUAAACAUAGGUUAGUUGUUUCUCGUGUUUCUGAUAGGAAACUAAAUCUUAGGAGUAUAUAUAAGUUCUCAAACCAAAUAGCACUAUAAAUAUAAGCGUAGAAUCCGGUUUUAUGACUGAACUUUGCUUUACUAUUCUUAGAAAGCAAACUUUCAGAAGCACUUUGUAAAAGUUUGUAUUUUCAUUUUUGAUACAAAAAUAUUAAUUAUUGAGUCCCUUUGCAUAACGAAGACCACAGCUAAGUAAACAACAAUCCUCCUCGGAACAGAAUUCCGCAGGAAAUAUAUAAUAUUUUGAAAUCCAAAUUCUAAGCGAAUUGAAUAUGACGGAUUGUCCAAUUCACCUACUCUGUUUGUACGCUGGUGCUCCUCGACUGUAAAUAAUUAAUUAAGUUUUUGUGUUCCUCUUUCAAAUCAUUUAAAUUUAAGUCAACAAUUUCGAAUCACAACCAAAAUUCUUGAAUCCAUGUUGUCGAUGCUAAAUAUUUACACAUUUAAUCAGUGUAAAAACAUAUAAAAAGUAUUUCGAUAGCAGCAACCGCAGGGAUUUUGCCAACAAUAUUUAACAAUAUUUAUUUUAAAAAUAAAAAGGGAACGCAAAUAUCUAGCUACAGUUAAGUGCUGGAAAAUUAUAUUCAAAAUCGUGAAUACCUCCAAAAGAUACUCCGAGACAAUGACGCUUUUGUGAUAAUGCAUUAAUAUAAUAUAUAUAUUUAUGUAAUUUUGCUAGUGGAUGAAAUAAAUUAGAAGACUUAAAGUA